AUGAAAGAAAAGCUACAAGAAUUGGAGACGCAGUUCGCAGCCCUGUCGGACAAUGACACAGCCACGAAGCUCUUGACAGUGGCAGAAUCAAUUGCACGACUUGCCGACGGCGUUGACGAGCAGCACGAGGCGGAAGACAGUACUGAACAAGCAGACAUCAAGCCUUCAUCUGCGGCUGCCAUUGCGCCCCCGGAUACAUCCAAGCCAAGACCGAAAGGUCAACCUCAUUUUGUCGAGAACGCGUGGUUCCUCAAAGUCAGAUGUUCGACAAUCCCGCCGAAUCGGACGGACUUAAACAAUCGGUCUGAGAAUAGCGGGCUCGGAGAGUCGAGACAAGAGAUCUUCAAGGUACAGGCGCGGGCGAGGCCUGAUGCAACUGGUGAGGGCACACUUGUCCCGUGCAAGACGCGAAGAACAAAGCCUAUGACAAUUCGCCGCUUCUUCUAUCUAUGGAUCCACUCCGUUGACUUUGACGGGGAUGGGUACAUCCCACUGGAGACUAUCUUGACCUUUCCCACUUUCGAAGGAUUGCGCGACGUCACCUCUUUGGGAGCAUACCCACUACACUAUCAUGUGGACAGUGAAAAGCUCAUUGAGGUUGCAACUUCCAAAGGACGGCAGUUUCAGGAUGCUGUGAAGGCAAAACACAUGGCCUAUUGCGGUCCGACAAUCAGUUACUCAUACACAGGCAACGGGUACAGCUAUCGUCGUCGGCCUUUUGAUGGGUCAAAUCCGGAGGCUUACAUGUUACUUGAUGAAGCCGAUGUGUUUCUCUCACAGCGAGAGAAUAAUCUCGAAAGAAACGCCCUGGUUUCCGUGUUCGUUCGGGUGCUGGAAUACUACAACGGUAUCCUCUUCCUCCCGACGAAUCGAGUAGGGACUCUAGAUGAAGCAUUCAAAUCUCGAGUCCAUCUAUCGUUGCAUUAUCCCGCACUGGACCGCUCCCAGACCCACGACAUCAUGAAAAUGCACCUCUCCCGCUUGAGAGCCAUUGAGGAGAAACUCUCCAAGGCCACCGAGCAAAAGCAGCUCGUUGUCUGGGAAGACGAGAUCUGCCAAUUCGCAGUGGACCGCUGGGAUAAGCACACUGCAAACAACGGCCAGGGACGAUGGAACGGGCGCCAGAUCCGCAACGCAGUCAACAUCGCAGCCUCUCUGGCCUGGUACGAUAACAAGACCGAGAGCGAUCCCAGCAGGAAAGAACUGCCACCUCAGUUGAUGCCGGCACAUCCAGAGACUGUUGCAAAGACAAUGACGCUGUUCGAUGGGUACAUGUCCAAAACCCGCGGUGGCAAGGACGCAUUCCUGUCCCAUCAACGGAGCGAGCGCUUUAAUAUGUUCAGACAGUCUGAAUUGGAUCACGAAAACGCCCCUUAUGGCGGUGCCCCAUUGGGUGCCGGUCAGGGAACAGGUGCUUAUCAACCAUACUCGCAUCGGCAAAGACCACAACAGCCCAGCUGGCAGCAACAACAGAUGCCCGGCCAGAGCGUAGCAUAUAAUCAGCCUCAACCAAUACCACCGGCUCAAGGCGGCGCUCAAGGGUACAUGCCUACUCAGAUCCAGGGACGAUACACGCCGGGUAUUCCCCAAACCCAAGUGGGUGGCGGUACUCAGUUGAACCAUCCAGGGCCCCAUAUUCCCCAGACAACCAUAUAUAGUCCGGCGCAGCCAUCACAGACGCGGGGACAAUACACCCCAGUCGCUCCUCAGACCCAGGCCAGCGGCGGUAUGCAAUCGAACCAAGCAACGGGCCAGAUUCCCCAGACCGCCAUGUACAAUCAGAUGCAGCCAGGAAACCCCCCUCUUCACCCUGGACAUACGUACAACAUGAAUACUGGCGGACAAAAUCAGAUGGCCCAGCCAAGCGUCCAUAAUGCUUACGGUAUUCUCCCUGAGGCACAUGAGCAGUUUCAGGGCGCUCCAAUGUAUGCGCUAGACGGCGCGGGCUAG